ACACUGAUCAGUGGGUUUACCCGCUUCAGCUGCUUCAACUUCAACGUUGUCAGUCGUCAUUUGAAUUUCGAAACAGCGCGCUGUCCUGAGUGCCAUGUGUAGGUGACUUUUGUACCGUAAGAUGCCUUCGGAAUUUCACGUGGUAAAUACUGUUGGUCGCCAGUGCACCAGGAGCGAUGAGGUUAUUAGUGCACUUGGAACUCUACUCAAGAAAAUGGAGCUGCUCGAACAAAAUAGACGUGCUGCGCACGGGUUUGCGACUGAAAAUCUAAAAGAGCACAUCGACCUUGUGGAAUCCCAAUGCUAUCUUCUCGAAGAACAGCUUGGCCAUGCUCGUAAAAUACUGGCUUUAUCGACAACGUUACGUACAUCACCGUAUCUCGACGACGUUCGUUCUCGGCGCAGAAGUACCUCAGUGUCGCAGGCCUCGAAAGCUGCAAGCAGUGUAGCGCAGUAUAGCAGACAAAGAUCAACUUCAGAGACUCGUUCUGAUAACACCUGCAGUACUACAGAACGAUACAGGCUCAAGCUUACCGACAUUCCAUUCAUCCUAAGUAAGAACGCAGGUCCCAGCCACUCUCUUCCAGCAAACCUUCAGAACCUGGUUUCGAUGCUUAAGAAAUCCUCGAAGGUGUGCAGCCACGAAGGGCUGCAAAUGAGAAGAUGCGAUAACUCAUCCGAAAAACAACUCCUGGAUUUGUUGUUGCAAGGACAGUGCCUGCUAAACCAGAUAGAACGCAAGCACACAUCUCGUCACUCCCUCAAGUGCAAGGCCCGUUGGCUCAUCAAACAUAUCCAAGAUAAGCUCGUCCAACUUGACACGAAACAGGUACAACAUCCAGGACAAAGCUGCUCCCAGUGUAAGAGUGGAUCAAGGAAUUCUUCAGAUGGAAAUCGAGUCUUCUUCAGAGAGUUGAAGAGGAUACAGAAAGGCUUGGAAGAACAACUAUAGCACCUCUACAAAAUAAAAUUUUUCUUUGUGCGUGA